AUGAAGGUUUCUGAAUUGAUAAGUAGCGAUGGAGGGCAUUGGAAGCGGGACCUAAUUUUUUCGCUGUUCGUGGAAGAGGAUGCGAGGCAAAUCAUUAACCUUCCUCUCUCUACAAGCAGAAGAGAGGACGUCCUUUGCUGGUGGCCAGAGAAAUCUGGUGAAUUCUCAGUAAAGUCUGCUUAUCACCUGUGCCUGCAAGGUAAAUUUGACAAGCUACCGGGUCCGUCGAGAUGUCCGGACCAGAAGAUCUGGAAGCUGAUGUGGAAUGCGCCAGUGCAGCCUAGAAUUCAUAAUUUCCUUUGGAGGGUGAUCAAGGAUAUCCUCCCAACAAGGGAUAAUCUAAGGAAAAAAGGAAUCCAGCUUGAAGAUCUUUGUCCCUUCUGUCAUAAUGAGCAAGAAUCUGCCCAACAUCUAUUUAUCCAUUGUGACUUUGCCAAACAUUGUUUCUUUGCCUCUGUGUUAUGUUACAGGUUGCCUCAGGAACUUGGGGUUAUGGACUGGCUGCAACAGGCUCUUUCGUGCGGGGAUAGAUUCAGCAUUCAAGUUCUCUACUAUACCCUCUACGGAAUCUGGAAGGCAAGCAACAAUCUAAUCUUCAGGAACAAAGCGCCCUGCGAAAUUACCGUGGCCCAUGAGGCUGUAGUUGCUGCGGCAGACUUUAAUCUUUGCCACCAGGAGACGCGCUCUAGAAGAAAUCAAGGGGAGGACCACGUGCAUGUGCCACUUGAUACUCAUGCGGUGCAAGUUGAUGCUGGGGUUUUCCCUUCGGGAAACACUACUUUUGGCUGCGUUGUAAAGAAUCCAGAAGGAGAUGUUAUCAUGGCUGCGUGCAAAAGAGAGGAGUUGAAUGUGGAGCCUGCGAUAGCCGAAGCUCUAGCAAUUAGAUGGUGCUUGAAGAUGGCAGCAAAGCUUAAGUUGGAGCGUAUUCUUGUGCAGUCGGACUGUCUUAAUAUUGUGGAGUGCAUAAAUGGUGUAUCAAAACUUGUUGUAGCUGAUCAUAUUGCUGCGGACUGUAGGGACUUGUUUAAAUGUUUUUCUUUGGCUUCUGUUAUGUUUAUUCCUAGAGUUAGAAAUGUGGAGGCCCAUAGACUUGUUAAGUUUGGUCAUUCCAUAGGUUCUAGAACCUGGCUUGAUGGGGUCCCGGACCCUUUAUCUUUGGAUGUAUGGCAUGAGCCAAUCUCGUUUUAA